AUGUUCCAGCGACUCCGGAACACGAUCGACCGCACCAUUGCCGAGGAGCAGGCUCGACACAAGGCCAAUGUCGAGAAUACCCCCAAGCCCGCGACUGACUCGACGCGCCGCUCCGGCUCGACGUCGCGUGCAAGAUCCUUGAGCGGCGCCGGAACACAGUCCCCAGCCCGGAAGCCACGGCCGCGCAAGCCUAGCGAGGCCAAAGACUCUAAUGCUAGUGGCUCAGCCGAUGCGGCAUCCUCCAACCCCGACCCUGCCGUCUUCGAGGCUGCCUUUGUCAUCGACGACGACGAGGUCCCCACUCCUGCCCGGGUGGCUACGCCCGUUCCGGCUGACAAGGACGCCGCCGCACAGGACGCGGCACAGUCGGCCACUGCCACUGCCACUCCCUCCCAAGAUGGCACUGGCUCGCAAAAGGACGGAGCAGCCAACGGCGAGCCGGCUACGGCAGAUGCAGAGAAAACAGGCGUAAAACAAACGUCGGCAUCAGCCCCCGUCUCAGCAGAGCUCUCUCCCGACGUCCGCACCAAACUACGGAAGCUGGAGAAGCUGGAGAAGACUUAUCCAGAACUCCUCCGCUCCUAUCGCAUCGCGCACAGCCGCGCCACGUCCAUCGAGCCGUUCGAGAAGGCUCUUAAGGAGAACUCUCCCUUGACCUCGAUCAAGGACACGGAUGCCUUCGUCGAAUACCUCAACCAGCUUAACCUGAAGAGCGACAUGGUCAUGGAAGAGCUCAAGCGCGUGUCGAUUGAGAAGGACUCGUACAAGAAGAAGGCCGACGACGCAGACGAGGAGCUAGCUACCCUGAGGGACGAGGUUGCCGUACUCAAGCUGGACAAGGACAAGAGGGCCGCCGCCGCCGAAGACGUUACUUCCAAAGCUGAAGAGACGACAACGGUGGAACAAAGUGCCCCGGCUGAAACCCAACACUCGCGGGCGCCAUCGGCAAGCAAGUCCCCAGUGGCGCGCGUCAUGUCCGUCUUCUCACCCAAGCCCAAGGCCGAAGAGGGCUCCGAAGCCGAGGGCGGCUCCGACUUCUUUUCAUACGACACCGAGAUGCCGCAGCUGCGGGCCGAAGUCGACAAGCAGUCGGGCGAGAUUCAAAAGCUGCACACCGAAAUCCAGAACCUGAGAGAAGAGCUGCUGCUGGCCAAGGAAAACAGCGCCAGCCUUGUCGAGAGCCUCGAGUCGACGGCCCGAGAGCUGAGCGAAUCGAGAGACGUUGUCGCGGUCAAGGGCUCGGUCGAGACUCAGCUCGAGGCCAAGAAGGCCGAGAUUGCUUCGCUAACCGACCGUCUUGAAAAGUCGCAAUCCCGGUUGAAAGAGGUCGAGUCACAGCUCGAGUUGGAGAAGAAGAGUGCGGCCGAUGCUCUGAGUGAGGCCGAGUCCCGGCUAGAAAAGGAGAAGAAGGACGCGGCCACAGCUCUGAGCGAGGCUGAAGCCCGGCUAGAAAGGGAAAAGAAUGACGCGGCCGCAGCUUUGGAAGCAAAGUCGGUCAUGCUUACAAACGCCGUCAACUUGUUCAAGCCCGAGAAUCUGGCGGAGAGCGAGGAGAAGUGGAAGCUGGAGAAGGCGAAGGCGGACCUGGAGGCAAAGUGCAACAAGUUGGCAGCGGAGCUUGACUUGUUGAAAAAGGACCAGAGCGCCAAGCAAGCCAUGAAAGCCAUGUUCGAAACCUAUCGAACAAAGAUUGACUCCCUACCGCCAGCAGCCCUUGCGAAUGUGUUUACGGAUACAACUCUCGCACCUCCGGCUACUCCAGUUACAAUCGGCGGCGGCGGCGGCGGCGGCGGCGGCGGCUCCAAGAAGAAGAACAAGAAGAAGAAGAAGGGCGGUGCUACAACAGGGUCUACGGCCGCCUUGGAUACCACUUCGAACGAUAUAUCAGCCGGAGACCAGCCACCCCUUUCACCAGCCGAGGGCUCGGUGAGCGGGGAGUUGCAGACGGAGCUGACGCGCCUUCAUGACGAGCUCGCGAGCAAGGACCGGCGCAUAGAAGCCUUCUUAGGCCAACUAGCAAAGGCGCAAAAGACAUGCGAGGACAACGAGUUUCUGCAAGACAACUUCUUGACCCUCUCCGGCGACCUCGUGGAGACCAAGAAUCAGGUGAAGGAACUCAAGGCCGAGAAGAAGACGCUGGAGGAGCGUAUCGCCGAGCUUGAAAAGGUCGAGGCAGGGGCGGCGGCAGCCAAGGCCCAGCAGAAGAUGCUGGAAAAGCGCAUCGCAGACCUCGAAAAGGUCGAGGGCGAGGCGUCAGCUGCCAAGGAGACGAACACGAAACUCAAGAGCGAGUACGACUCUCUCAAGGCGGAAUUCGAAAAGCUCGAUUCCAAGUCGUCAACCCUGCACUCGGACAUUGCAGCGGCGCAGCAGCUGGCGCAGGCCCGGUACAAGGACCUCACAGACCUGCGCGAGGUGCUCCAGAAGGCGCAGCCCGAGCUUAAGAGCCUCAGGCUGGAGUCGGCGGCGCUCAAGACCACGCGCGAGGAGCUAGCGGUUAAGAACACGGAGCUGCGCGGGCUCGAGAAGCGCGAGAAGGACCUCAAGACGGAGCUGGCACGCACACAGCGGCUGGCUUCCGACCGCGAGGCAGAGGUCAAGGGGCUGCACGAUAAGCUGGCGGCCGAGACCAACGCGCGGCUACGGCUCGAGGACGAGAAGCGCGUGGCCGGGCGCGACCUGCGGCGGUCCGAGGCCGAGAAGAUCGAGCUCUCGGCCAAGGAGGAGAAGACGGCGCGGGAGCUGCAGCGCGUGCAGGAGGAGGCGUCGCACCUCCGGCCGCAGAUCAAGAAGCUGGAAGACGAGGUGGCGCAGCUCCGGCGAGGUCACGACGCGUUGCGCGAGGAGGCGGACCUCAAGGCCGGCCAGUACGCCAGCGCGCAGAGCCUGCUGGGCAGCAUGCGCGACCAGGCGGCCGAGGUGGGCAUCCAGCUCAAGGAGAGCCAGGGCCAGUGCGAGGCGCUCGACGAGGAACUGGCUGAGGCGCGGCGGCUGCUGAGCGAGCGCACGCGCGACACGGAGACGAUGCGGCGGCUGCUGGCCGACGUCGACGAGCGGGCCGAGGCCAAGGUGCGCGAGAUGCGCGGGCGCAUGGAAGCGGCCGUCGAGGAGCGCGACCGGCUCGAAGACGAGGCCAGCGCGCUCGCCCGCCGCCGCACCCGCGAGGCCGAGGACCUGCGCCAGCGCAUCCGCGACCUCGAGCGCGAGCAGAAGCAGCUGCAGACGGAGCGCGACGACCUCGACUACAAGGAGCGCGAGUGGCGCCGCAGCCGCGAGGAGCUCGAGGCCCGCGAGGCCACGGCCGACGCCGACCUCGCUGACAUGCGCGCCACCGUCGCCAACCUGCGCCAGACCCUCGACGCCGCCGAGCAACAGGCUCGCGACGCCGAGAAGAAGACGGCCGACCUGCGCAAGGGCCUCGACGACUACCGCCUGCGCUACGACAAGCUCUCCAAGGAGGCCAAGACGCUGCAGGCCCGCCUAGCCCUAUCCGCCGCCACCCCGUCGCUAUCGAGCGCCGCCGCCACGGCCGUCAGCAUGUCGAGCCGCAGCUCCUUUGACGACUCGGCCUCCAUCAGGUCUGCCGCCGCCGCCCAGAACGGCGCCUCCACCAGCCCCGACGCCAUGUACCUCAAGACCAUCCUGCUGCAGUUCCUCGAGCAAAAGGACAACAAGCUGCGCGCCCAGCUAGUUCCCGUGCUAGGGAAGCUGCUCAAGUUUGACAAAGCCGACGAGCAGAAGUGGAUGGCCGCCAUCCAGCACAUUACCCACCGCUAG